AUGGAGAAGAAGGCACCGGCAGAGCCACCGACUGCUGCCGCGUAUUCCAACGUCAUCGUCAAAGACCAAGACACUGCUCGUAUCCUCAUUGACAGUAAAGCAUUUGCCGGACGCAGAACAAUGAUCCCAGUAACGGAAAAUCAUAGGAACUAUAACAAACACGCUAUUAUCAACGAUAGUGUCGUGGCAAGAGCACAGAAAGUUGCUGAUGAAUACAAAGAAAAGGUCUUCAAACUCAUUGAUAUGGUCGAUUUCCCGGAUUAUAUUAACAAUACUUUCCUUAAUACUCUGGGACAGAUUCUUGUCGUUCAAACAUUGGACUGUGCCAAUAAAGUUGCGUACGCUGAUGGUGUCAAAACGCGUGUUCUAACUCUUCGUGGUGAUGAUGUAAAGCCAACUGGAUGUAUGACAGGAGGAGUAACAGAACACGGAGAUACCUCUAUCUUGACUUUGAUCGCAGCAAUGCAUCCACGAAAAGAAGAAAUAAAUGCAUUAUCAAAAGAACUAGAUGUCAUCGUGGCUCGUAUUAAAGCAACUGAGGCUAUCGCAAACCAGCAUCGUGAAAUGACCGGCAGGUUACAAGUUCUACAGAGACACUUGGCUCAACUCAAAAAUAAAGUGAACGGCUCCCCGGAGGGUUUGCUUCGUCAAGAGAUAGCCGAUGCGGAAGAAGAGAUCAAGAAAGCAAUGACUGAAAAUGAAAACACCUCAAAGGAACUAAAAACGUUCACCGAUAAAAUGAAGAUGCUUGAAGCAAGAAAAAACAAUGAUAAAGCUACCCAAGCAAAACGAAAGAAGGAACUGACAUCAGAGCUUCAAAAACUUGAAUCACAGGCUUCUAAAAUCAAAGAUAAAGCUGAUCAAGCAAGGAGAGCAGUAAUGAACCUAGAAGCUGCUGUUGACGAUAUUGGGAAUACUAUCAGAAAGUAUGAAACAGAAUGGGAGGCUAAAAAGAAGGAAUUGGAUGAGCUGGAAGAGAAGUUACCAGGCCUCACCGUUGAAACAGAAACUGCUAAUGGUGUGCAAAAAGCUAGUAUGGCAGCGUUGACUGAGUUCAAGAACCAUCAACGUACUUUAACAACUCGAGUGACGAAGGUGGCAAAAGAAUGCGACUUGAUGAGAAAAGAAGAGUCGAAAACAAGAGGCAAAAAAGAGGAACGAGAAAAAGAAGUUGUACGGCUGUAUGAAUCUGGAAAAGCGAAUAAAAAACACUCGGAAAGUUUGCUGAGAAAGUGUGAGUGGCUGGCGGAUGAACAAGUUCACUUCAACAAAAGAGGAGGAAUUUACGAUUUCGACGGUUAUUCUGUGAACAGAGGAACAGCUGAACUCAAAGAAACUAUCGACAGAAUUGAAGCCAUCGAACGUACGCUUUGUAUGAAGAACGUUUCUAACUUGGAUACAUGCGAAGCUAAGGUCAUGGACAUCACGAACAAACGUGAAAAACUCAGAGAGGACUUCAAAAUGUUGAAAAAGACUAUUGCCGUCCUCGACCGAAAGAAAGUGGACGAGUUAGUCAGGGCGCACAAGUCGGUCAACGAGGAUUUCGGUAAAAUCUUCACCUGUUUACUUCCGGAUGCCUCGGCUCAACUAGUUCCUCCUGAAGGAAAAACUGUUUGCGAUGGUCUCGAAGUGAAAGUUUCAUUCAAUGGUGUAGUGAAGGAUAGUCUUCACGAGCUUUCCGGAGGACAACGCUCUUUGGUCGCUCUUUCUUUGAUUCUGGCCAUGCUCAAGUUCAAGCCAGCACCACUCUACAUUCUUGACGAAGUUGAUGCGGCUCUUGAUUUAUCUCAUACUGCUAACAUUGGUAUGAUGAUCAAAACACAUUUCAAUAAGAAUCAAUUUGUCAUUGUAUCACUGAAGCAAGGAAUGUUCUCGAAUGCAGAUGCCCUCUUCCAAACCCAUUUUGCGGAUGGACAUUCUUCAUGUAAUCUCCUCACUGGAGAGGCUCUUCUGAAGGCUAAGAACGAUACUAAGCUUGCAAAACAAGCUCAAGAAAUGAUCGAUGCGGAGAAGGCUGCUAAAAAGGCUGCCAAGAAGCCGACCGCCAAAAAAUCUAAACCAGCCCCAGAGGACGAUGAUAUGUAA